UCUGCCUUUGGAAGGGGCGUGGGGGGGGGGGGAGACACAAGUAUCUGUGGCUGACUCUCACGCUCACAACUUGCUCUCAGGACGCCGGCGAGGAGGGAUGGUCUAGGAGCCGCCGUCCGCUCACCGCACGCUCUCUCUCUCUCUCUCUCUCUCUCUCCCCCCCUGUCCGUCUGCCUGCCCAGCUGCCCAUCAUGACCAGCUUCUACAGCUGCCUGCGGGGGAAUGAUGACUGCGAUAUUAUGGCUUCGGGACCUGAUGUGACUGGCAGUCAGGAGCCCAGCGACGCCCUGGUGGACUGCCCAGGAAAGAAGAAAUCAAAGUUUCAGACCUUCAAGAACUUCUUUGUCCGUAAGAAGCGAAAAGGGGGAGAUGCCCCCCUUGGGGAGGCCGUGUUGAAGGCCAGUCAUUCCUCGGACAAUGUGAGUGACGCCAAGCCCACCGCGGCCGGCGGCGCCGAAACAGACGCAGACGCCGGCCAGAAGGUCAGCAUGGGGAACAAGGCUAAGUCACAUGACAGCGUGUUCGUCACCGAUUCGCCUGCCUCGGAUGGCUCCGAUGACCUGACCUCCACGCAGGACAGUGUCCAGGAGAAGCUGCAGCUGAAGCAGGGCAGCCGGCAGGCCACGCCCAUCACCCUCAUCGGUGUGAGGAAGGAUGACGACCCGGGGGCUGUGUCUGAGGACGAUGGCCUCCCCUGCAGCCCACCAGAAAUCUCCACACUGCACGCCGUCCUGGCUGACUCUUCGCACAAACCCUCAAACUCAGUCCAAAGACGCAGCUCACUUAGCCAGGAGGGGUCUGACACUGACGAUGACCAGAUGUCCUUUGAGGCGUCCUCCAGGCCAGUCAGCCCCCCUCACUACCUCUUUGUGGACCUCGGCUGUCCAGUGACCCCAUCAAGCUGCCUGGACACCUCAGCUGCUCGCCACCGCAUCGCUGUCAAGAACCGGGCCUGUGCUAAGCGGAAGCCAGCCAGCAGAGAGUUCCUGGACAGUGGAAGAGAGAGGGAUCUCAGUGGAAAAGUGCCCGGCAGAGGAAUAGAAAAUGAACUGGGUGAUGAUACCCCAGAACCUACUUCAGCAGAGGAGAACUCUAAAGAUUUCUCUGUCCAGCAGAUGGACUCUGCUGAGAGGACUAGUGAAGAGUGGCAGCUCCUGGCUGAGGAGGUACAGCUGGUCCCAAAGGAGGUGCCACCUGUGGAGCAGUCGGUCCCAGAGGAGGAACCCCCUAUGUUGGAGGAGCCAGCUGGGUUCCAUCAGUGGCCCAGGAUUGAGUAUGAAGAGCAGAACGCUGUAGAUGAGAGCUCCUGCUGCGAGGAUGCCCCCUUUCCUCCUUCCUGCUCUUUGUCUUCCUCCUUUGUAGAUCCCUCGCAGGAAUUUCUCCUGGAUCCAUACUCAGAGACACAGAAACACUGGGGGAACAGAUCUCUGCUGACAGGUUCUCAAGAGUCUCUGGAUUCCCUAGAGCUCCCCGCUGAGAAUGACACGAAUGCUAUGCUGGAGUUAGGGUGCGAAGCCCCAGUGGAGGAGUCAGGCUCGCUCCUGCAGGAGGUGCUCAGCUCUCUGGAGAAGCCUCUGGCUUCUGGACUUAUGCUGGGGCCUGAUGCUGAAGACCAGGAAAUGGAGAAAGUGGGUGAAAGCGCAGAAAAGGUAUCGACCUGCCAAGGUGAGGAGUCGCUGCCCUCCAGCCCGACCUCCCAGCAUGAGCCGGUGGCACAGGGUGGUGAUAGAACCUCCUACAUAGCUGCAGAUCAGGAGGAGGAUGAAUCCAGUGCAUCAGUUCAAGGGGAAGAACAUUCUGAGGAUAAGGGACAUGCUGAGUUGGUGGAGGUCAGUGAUGAAGAUAGUAAAGAAGCAAAGAGUCUUGUAGUUGAGCCAACCAUGUCAACUGGAGGUGAGAAACACAAGGAAAACGAAGAAGAAGCAGAAGAAGAAGAAGAUGAUGAUCAUGAUGAGGGUGAUGAUGAAAUGAAUGCAGAAGUGGCUUCAGAGACCCAGGAUCAUGAAUGUCCAGUCGGGGUGGAGGGGCUGGAUACACAUCAGCAGCCUGAGGCCAAUACCCAGGCAGUUGUUGGUUUGGACUCAGAAGGAGAUGGAAAGCCUAGCUCAGAUGAAGCUGUACAGGUGUCCAGCCAAGGAGAUGAGGACUAUGUGAAGCCCUCAAAGGAAAGCUUGUCCAUAACAGACCGGGUGGAGCCUGAACAAUUAAUACCCAGCACUGAAGAACCUGGCCAAGACAUCAUAAACCUGUCUUCCAGAGCUAGCAUUAGUCCACAGCACAAUGAGGAGGACGAUAGUGUCAAAGAGGAUUCUGGGAAGCAUCCAGUCCGGUUUACUAUUGCUCCAGCAUGGCAUAGGUCACUGUCAGGAGAUGGUUUCAAAGAAGCUUAUUGCCACGCCCACUCUAUCGCUGCAAAGGCUUCCGAGGCAUGUGCUGAAAUCAAAUCUGAGGCAGGUACCCCCCCAAAGGCAGACAUCGGGGACAGCUGGAGUCACAGCAGUGCAUCUCUGUCUCCCGUGAGAGACCAGGACCUGGGUGCAGCUGAGACACCGUUCGGUGUUCGGCUGAGGAAGACUUCUCUUAGGGGCUUCUGCUACGGCACAGAGGACUCAGGAGAACCCCCCGGAACGCCCAGUGAACCACCGAAAGCCCCCUGCCCUGAGUUUCCCAACAGCAAGCCUGUCCUGCCCAGGAAACCUGAGCUACUUGAGGACGACGUAGCCAAGUUCAGGAGGACAGCAGAGCCGGGUGCCGGUCAGUCUCCUGGGGGGAGCCUGGCUUCACCAAGCUGGGUCUAUGUUGCCAAGCAGAAACAGAAAAUCUUCAGAGAGAAUUCACUGGAGGAAAGUCCAGGCAGGAAAGACCCUUUUGAGAAGGAUGCAGCAUGCAGGAAAAACUUGAGUGUUUUCCCCAAAUCGACUAGUAAAGACCAGGCCAGGAUUUCAAACCCAAAUGCAACUGGUCUUCCUCCCACUGCCCCAUGCUCCCUGGAGAUAUCUAACCCUGCGUCUUCGGACAAAGACGGGAAGCGGGCUGUGAUGUCGGCAUCCCCCGCAGCCCUGGGCCCGGAGGAGCCCCCCUGGUUGGCGCUGGCCAAGAAGAAGGCUAAAGCCUGGAGCGAGAUGCCCCAGAUGGUGCAGUGACUGAGCGUAGGGGGCCAUCCGCCCCCCCCUUUCCUGUGAAAAGACACGGAUCACGUUUGCACGCAAAGCAUCGUUACGUGUUUCACCAUUCACUCUUCAUUGGUGACACCUUUUGGCUUGUAGGUCUGAGAUGAGCUUUUAAAAAUAAAUAUAUAUAUUACCACAUGUGCUGUGAACCCCCCCCCCCCCCCCCAUGUCCAAAUUACAUUCUGUACAUGUACUCUGUCAUGCCAAACGUCCUCCAAAGACCAGCCUUACACCCACGUCCAGGAGCUGGGCAGGGUACUUUAAUGGGUUUUGUAUUUAUUUCUAUUUUUAUACCCCCUUCCCCCCCCCCUUUUUUGAGGUUUGAAUUGACUUUGGUAUUGCCUUUAAAAAUGCACACAUCAUCAUGUGAUUUUGUAUAUGAAUUAUCAAGAAAAACAAAAAAAUAUGCAGAAUUCACGUGAUUUUCUUUAAACCAAUUUAUUACGCUGGGAUAAACGCACGUUAUAUUGUGCAAUUACGUUUUCUUCCCGAAGGAGGGUUAUAACUGUGUCCAAAUACUUAUGUAUCCUAUGCUUUCAUGUAUUUUUUAAAGUUCCCGCAUUUUCACUGAGAACUCCUUUUUAUGACUGAUUACACGUUAUUUUUACAAGCGUUUCAUAAAAAAAAAAUUUCCUGGAGUGUCUUUACUGAUGUUUUUAAAGAAAUUAUAAGCACUUUUCAGCUGUUUAAUCCAUUGUUUAGAGGAUUUUACACCGGAAAGUUUUGCAUUUCAAAUGAGCUGAUUUUUUUUCUUGUCAAUUAUUAUAUGAAAACAUUGACAGCAGGGAUUAUUACGUUGUUAAUAAACUUUAUAUUACUACUC